AAGACACGCCUAGUUCAACAUAGCUCCCAUUUUUUAGUUCCUUAGGUGGCAGCAGUGCUCAAGGCUAAGAUGGCUCAUAGUGGGAUUUUAGUGCUCUCUCUUCCUCUUCUGGUUGUCCUUCUGGGCUGUCUCCUUUCUCAUGCCGAGGGCGUUGAUACGGUGGAAACAACCCCCCCUCCACGCCUCCCCAUCGCUGUGGAGGGCGUCAUCUACUGCAGGUCAUGCAAGCUCCCCGGCUACGAUAAGUCCAUUGAUGCCUCUCCUCUUCCUGGUGCUGUUGCCAAGUUACAAUGCACUGGUAGUGCACCUGGUGUGACAGUGACGGGAACAACAGAUAAAAAUGGCUAUUUCUUGAUCCAAACAAACAAGGUGACGAACUAUGGAGCACACAAGUGCCAGGUAUUCCUCGAGUCGUCGCCGUUAUCGUACUGCAAUGUGCCGGUUUAUCCUACAGCCAAAGGGUCUGGGGCUUCCCUCAAGUUUGAGAGGAACAUAAAGGUGGGUUCUGGCCUACAAGCACUCUACAGUGCGGGGGCUUUUGCAUUUGCUCCUGCCAAAGGAAGCUCCUGUCCCCGUACUCCUUGAGGGAUCUGUCGUCGGUCCUGGAGAUGGGAUGUUAUGCCAUUAAAAAAAAAAAAAUUGUAGAAGCUGCAGUAUGAAUAAGCGUUCGAUAUGUAAUCGAACCAGUCAAUGUAUUCCGUAUGAUUUCUGCAUUGUGUUUUAGGUUCGUCAUCAAUAAUACCGAACCAUUGUGUGGUUUUAUGGAUUGAUUAAAUUCC